CGUGUCAUUAUCGACGAACCGUCACGACCAUAUAACCCCUCUGAUCCAGACAGUGACACCGGCUCUACAAUGGCUUCGAAAGACGCCGUGUCGAACAAGUCGACCAAGAGCGCCAAGAGGUCCAAUGGCACAACAACAGGAUCUGUGAAGAGUCAAUCGCUGUUUAACAUGCUCGGGAAGGAUUGGCAGAUCCUCGGAGCGCUCCUCGCGGUUGCGAUGGCGGUUCGUCUCUAUAAACUGUCUCAGCCGUCCAGUGUUGUGUUCGAUGAAGUGCACUUUGGAGGCUUCGCGAGGAAGUACAUCAACGGCAAGUUCUUCAUGGAUGUUCACCCACCACUCGCCAAGUUAUUGUUUGCGCUUGUUGGUUAUUUGGGCGGUUACGACGGUGAAUUCGACUUCAAGGAAAUCGGAAAGGACUACCUCUCCGCCGGUGUUCCCUACGUUAUUAUGAGGCUUUACCCCGCACUCCUCGGAGUCGCGGUCGUUCCUCUGAUUUUCUUGACCCUGAAGGCUUCCGGGUGUGCGACUACCACUGCUGUCCUCGGUGCAGGUUUUACCAUCUUCGAGAACGGUCUUAUGACGCAGUCAAGGCAUAUCCUCCUCGAUUCGCCAUUGAUCUUCUGCACCGCCCUCACUAGUUUCAUGUGGACUAUGUUCGAAAGACAGCAGGCCAAUGCGUUCAGUGGAAGAUGGUGGACCUUCCUGGCCGGCACUGGAUUGGCCUUGGGAUUGACCGCCAGUAUCAAGUGGGUCGGGUUGUUUACGAUCGCCUGGAUCGGUGCUUUGACUGUUCACCAGCUGUGGAACCUCCUCGGUGAUCUCUCCGUCAGCCCCCGUAAGUGGUUCAACCACUUCUUUGCUCGUGCGAUCUGCUUGAUCGGUAUCCCUGUCGGAUUCUAUAUGUUCAUGUUCGCUAUCCACUUUGCCUGUCUUACUAACUCUGGUGACGGCGAUGCAUUUAUGUCUCCCGAGUUCCAGCAGACUAUCAAUGGAAAGGCUGCCCCAGCUACUGCCGCGGACGUUGCUUUCGGCUCCAAAGUCGCCAUUCGUCACUGGAACACGAACGGUGGAUACCUGCACUCUCACCCUCACGCGUAUCCCGAUGGCUCCAAGCAGCAGCAGAUCACCCUCUACCCCCACCGCGACGAUAACAACGUCUGGGAGAUUCACAACGAGACUGAGAUUGUCUUGCCUGAUGGCUCUGCACCUAUCUACCUUGAGGACAAAAUGGUCAUCAAGUUGCGCCACAUCCUCACUGACAAACGCUUGCAUUCCCACGAUGUUAAGGCACCUGUCUCCGAGGCCGACUGGCAGCAUGAAGUCAGUGCUUACGGUUUCCCUGGUUUCGCUGGUGAUGCCAACGACUUCUUCCGUGUCGAGAUCCAGAAGGAUUUGUCUCGCGGUGAUCUCGCCAAGAAGCGCGUCAGGGCCAUUGACACCAAGUUCAGAUUGAUCCACAUCAUGACCGGCUGUGCACUCUUUUCCCACAAGCAGAAGUUGCCUGACUGGGGUUUCGAACAGCAGGAGGUUACCUGCGCUAAGCAGGGUACCAAGCCGAACUCCAUCUGGUACAUCGAGGGCAAUGAGAAUCCUCACUUCGGUCCUGAUGCCGAGACGGUUUCUUACCGCAAGCCGGGAUUCCUUGCCAAGUUCUGGGAGUUGCAGAAGGUUAUGUGGACUACGAACGCUGGCUUGGUCGAGUCUCAUAACUGGGAUUCCAGACCUACUAGCUGGCCCAUCCUGAAGCGUGGUAUCAACUUCUGGGGUAAAGACCACCGUCAAAUCUAUUUGAUUGGUAACCCUCUCGUAUGGUACAGUACCACCGCUGCUAUUCUCCUGUACAUCGCCUUCAAGGCGUUGAUUGCAUUGAGAUGGCAGAGAGGGUACACCGACUACCAGCAUGAGGCUGUCAGGCACUACGACUGGAGUGUUGGAACCAACGUCCUUGGGUGGGCUUUGCACUACCUUCCCUUCUUCCUCAUGGCUCGUCAGCUGUUCUUGCACCACUACUUCCCUGCCCUCUACUUUGGAAUCCUGACGCUUUGCCAGGGCUGGGACUUCUUCACCAAGAAGUUCUUGGGUAACGCGCAGGCUAGGAGUGCUGCCACCAUCUUGGCUCUGAUGGCUUCUGCGUACGUCUUCUCCAUUUACAUGCCCCUCAGCUACGGAGGCCCAUGGACGAAGGCGCAGUGCGAGAAGAGUAAGUUGAUGAAGACUUGGGACUUUGACUGCCAGACUUUCCACGACGACAUGUCCAUGUACCUCGGCGAAUCAUCGUCCCAGGUCUCGGUCAAGGGUCCUGUUCCUACCAGUACUACUGUUCCCUCUACUCAGCGUCAAGACCCUCAGGUUCCUGUUCAGCAGAAGCCCCUUGCGAUGCCCCCAGUCGCCCAGCAGCCUCAGCAGCCUUCCGGCCAAUCCCCUCCAGCUGUCGUUUCCAAGGUCGAGUACCGUGACCAGUUCGGCAACAUUCUUAACGAUGAACAGGUUGAGGCUCUCAAGAAGCAGCAAAAUGUGAUUUUCGAGACGUCGUACAAGACUGAGACGAAGACCCGCGGGCAGGACCAGUACGGACGCGUCUACGAGGGAGAAGAAUUCGAGAGGAUCAAGGAGCUGGAGAGAAUGCAUGCGGAGCAGGUCGCCGCUGGGGGUGACCCUAGCAAGUUGACUUUCGUUGAGACCGUGCAGAACUCUGCCUCUGAGAUGGAGCAGUCAGAGAGCAAGAGCCGUGAGACGAAGGUCGUCACUGAAACGAAGAAAGUUACGAAGACUUUGACCGAGUCAAGCGUUCACACGGAGACUGUGAUUGAAACCGAGGAGAUUCCAGAAAUGCACACCGAGACCGUCUCCCAGACAGUUAUUCAGGGUGGAGAGCCCGAGGGCGUGAGGGGCACUUUGGCGGAGGCUCAGAACCCUCUGACUGCCGAGGCCGAGAACAUGCCGAAGGGAGAGAAGACUGAACCGCAUGAUGCGAAGAUGGCGAUGGGUGGUGUGGACAGACAGGUGGACGACGCCGCUUUUCCUGAGCCUGCUGAGGGCAGUGAAGUCCCUGCUGCCGAGGAGACAGCGUGAAUGGAGCGCCAUUUGCAUGCUCAUUAGCAGAAAUAUGUGUAUCAGUGAUAAUAAAGUUUUGGAUAUCUGAAUUCUACUCUCAGCUGCG